AUGGCAGCAGUACGAAUCGCAAAAGGAGAUUUUCCUCGUCUCCCCUCCACCGCCACCUCGGAAUCGGUCGAAUCCUUCCACAACAUCAUUGACCUGAUUGCCCACGUCGCCGACUGCUACAUCGAAGAGACCAAGACGUUUCCCGAAGACCUCAAGACCAUCUUAGCCCAGCACCACGCGAUACUGCACCCGGACCUGCGCGAGAAGAUUGUGGGCAGCCUCGUCCUCCUGCGGCGCAAGGACGUCAUUGACUCCGCGAGCCUGCUGACCAACCUGUUCCCCAUCCUCGUCUCCUCCAACAGCAAGUCCCUGCGCGCCCUGCUGUUCCAAAAGAUCACCAUGGACCUCCGCAACUCCAACAGCAAAACCAUCAACCACCCCCUCAACCGCACCGUCCAGACCGUCCUCUACAACCUCGUCAGCGGCGACCGGCAAUCGUCCCAGGCCCUCUGGGCCGUCAAGCUCACCCGCGAGCUCUGGAAGCGCCAGCUAUGGACCGAUGCCAAGCCCGUCGACGUGAUGAAGGAGGCGUGCCUGUCCGACAACGAAAAGGUGGUCACGGGCGCGGUUCGCUUCUUCCUCGGUGGCGACAAGGAGCGCGAGGAUCUCGAGGACGACAGCUCCGACGAGGAGACGAUUGAUCUGAAAAGGGUCCAGCAUCAGCUCGGCAUUAACAAGAAGACGAGGAAGAAGGCCAAGGCCCUGGACCGCGCCAAGGACAAGAUCCACCGCCAGGAGAAGAAGAAGCACGCCGCCCACCCCUCAACUUUUCCGCCCUUCACCUCCUCCACGACCCCCAGGCGUUUAGCGAGGCUCUCUUUCCAAGCACCUACAAAAUACCAAGGCCAAGCUCAGCCUCGACACGAGGCUGCUCGUCCUGCAGCUCGUCACCCGCCUCGUCGGUCUGCACAAGCUCACCCUCAUCUCCCUCUACUCCUGGUUCCACAAGUACCUCACCCCCAAGCAGCAGUCCGUUACCUCUAUCCUUGCCUCCCUCGCCCAGGGAACCCACAACCUCGUGCCCCCGAGUCCGUUGAACCCCUCCUCCAAAAGAUUGCCAACGAGUUCGUCUCCGAAGGUUCCGCCGGCGAGGUCGCCGCUGCUGGCCUCAACGCCAUCCGAGAAGUGUGCGUCCGCCAGCCGCUCGCCAUGAGCGAAACCCUCCUUCAGGAUCUCGUGCAGUACCGCAAGAGCAAGGACAAGGGCGUCAUGAUGGCCGCCAAGGGUCUGCUCUCGCUGUACCGCGAGGUAGGCGCUGAGCUUCUCCGGAAGAAGGACCGCGGCAAGGAUGCCACAAUCGGCCUCAAGACGGGCGAUCUCAGGCACAGGAAAUUCGGAGAGGAGGAGGCCAGCGGCAUCGAGGGCCUCGAGCUGCUCGUGAAGUGGAAGGAGGAGCAGAAGAAGAAGAAGGAGGAGGAACGGGCUCUCAAGGGAGAAGGAGCCAAGAAGGAGGGCGAGGACGAGGAUGGAUACAACUCGAGCGAUUGGGAGGUGGAGUCUGUCGACAGCGAUGACUCGGGCGGCUGGAUCGACGUGGAGCACUCGGACGACGAGCAAGCCCCGGCGCCGAAGAAGCGCAAGACGGGCGACGACGCCGACGCGGAGGAGGACAAGGAGAACGACGAGGCCUUGGACCUGGCCGCCAUUUCCAAGCUGGCCACCACGACCAUCCUGACGCCCGCCGACCUGGCCAAGCUGCAGGAGCUGCGGAUAGAAGCCAGCCUGAAGAAGGAGGUGCAGGGUGUGCGGACGCAGCGGCAGAGGGAGCGGGAGGCGCGGCACAUUGACGAGGGCUUGACGGCCGAGCAAAUCGAGCUGCCGGCGAAGCUGCGCAAGACGACCAAGGAGGAGAGGAUAGCGAUGGCCAAGGAGGGCAAGCCCGGGCGCGAGGAGCACAAGUCGACGCAGGCGAUCCGCCGAGAGAAGAAGAAUAGCGAGGGCAAGUCGACGACCAACAAGGAAAAGUCCAAGAAGAAGAACUUUAUGAUGACGUUGGGCAAGGCCAAGUUUAAGCAAAAGAGGAGCUUGGUGGAUACGCAGAGGGUGUUGCGGAAACAUAUCGACAGGAGCAAGAGGGGAGGAAGAGGAAGCAACCAAAACUAA